AUGUUUGGAGGUAAUGCUUCUGGAACAUGGCCAGGCAGCCUGGAAAACUCACAGCAGCCCUGUGAUCCCGGCCAUGAAAGCCUUCGACAACACUCUUUGAAGGCUGUUCUUUCUUUCCAGGUGGCCAGGACGAAGCACAGGGAAGCCGCCCCAAGCAAACCCAAGGCGGCCCCCGUCAAGAAAGCGGUGCCCGGAGCGCCCCACCGCCCUGCGACAAAGGAGCCCCCAGCGGCUGGGUCCCGCUUUCCCCGGGAGCCCCCCUCCCAAACCCACCCUGAGAAGCCACUCAGGAAUGACCACAACAAAGGAAAACAGAAGGCAGAGGAUGGGAAAGAGAAUGCCGUUGUUGGAGUGACCGCAGUCCGACCGACUCAAAAGAGGGCUGUUUCCAGACCGGCGUUUGGAAGCCAUGCAUCCAAGCAAUCUGUACAUUUGGGGAGUAAGGGGACAUUCUCCCUGAACUCAGCAAAUCCUAAAAAGAAGCACCAAACUCCCCCGCCAGGCAAGAAGCCCUCCGCCCAUCCAAGGAGCCAUUCGGCUGCACCCAAAAGCGGAGCCGAGAGGAAGCAAGGCAACUUCAGGCAACAGCCGAGGACCCCCAAUGCAAAGCCUAGACCCCGGACCUCUGCCGUCCACACAGCUCCUGCCUCUGGGGGGCUCCGAAAUGGCAGGAGAGAGCCCCCCAAACCCAAGCACCCGGAUGUGGGCCCAGGCCAAGAGCUCAAGACCCCUUCUGCUCCCGACCGGAGGCAACUGCUGGAGGACUGGGUGGCGUCCCGAGGAAGGACCUACAAGAGGCCCCCCAUGCGCCCCGCUGCCCCGAAGCCUCCGAAGGCAAAGUCCAGCCUGAACCUCGCCUUCUGGGGCUCCUUGGAGGAGGAGGAGGAGAAAGAGGAAGCGGAGAAGGAGGAGCAGCACCUGGCCAACGAGAUCACACACACCUUGGCAGAGUGCCGGAAGCUGGCCGAAGAGGGCCUUCCUGAAGAGCAGAUCCUCGCAGCGCUGACCCGCAUCCCGCAAGUGGAGAGGUUUGCCCAGUUCUGGGUCUGCAAAGCCACGCUAGAGGCGCAGAGGGGCUCCUUGGACGUGGCAGGGCUCUACGAAGCCGCCCUCUCCGCUGGGGCCACGCCGCUGCAGGAGCUGCGAGAUGCUGUCACGGGUAUUUUGAAGAAUGUCAAGGCACCGUCCAGGGGUGAGCGUGCCAUGGGAUCCCUUUGCACGAGAGACCCGGAGCCUGUGAGCCCUUCUGGAGUGUGUUUCCCUUCGACCCCUGCAGCCAGCCCUGUUCCAGAGGAAGAUGUGGACCCUCCCCAGACUCCUCAGCAAAGCCCACCGUGGGCUAAGCCCUGCUCGGCCAUCAAGCUCCAGAUCCUUUCCCUGCCCAGGUCCAGCAAGCGAAGCCCUUGGCCAGAGGUGAGACUCCUGACCCCCGUGCGACGGUCCCUGCGCAUUGAAGGCGCCACCGCUUCCUACCCACAGAUGCUGAGGGACCACGACCCUGUCGUCUCCUCCCUGGAGGAAAUCGUGGCCGCAGACCACGGGAGCCAAUUCCUCUUCCGCAGCAACACAGCUCUGCCCAGAGCGGUGAGAGUGGCCGACUUUGUGACUGGACGGGCCACCUGUGGGCACAAUGCCACCCCGGCCACGACGAAAGCAUCAUUGCCACGUUGAGGAGUGUUCACACCACCUCCUUUCCUCCCAGCCUCCUUCUUUCUCUUUCUUUGUAAACAAGACUGGACCCACAGCAUUGUUCUCUGAAGCCCUUUUGGAAACAUGUCCGUCUUUAUUCUUCAAUCCAUCAAUCAGUGUGGCCAGAAUCCCUGGGUUGCUGUGAGUUUUCCGUGCUGUCUGGCCAUGUUCCAGAAGCAUUGUCUCCCGACGUAUCGCCCACAUCAGCAACCCAAUCAAUCAGCCUUUAUUACAAGGAGGAAAAGUGCACAGCAGAUUCCUAAACUGAUGAGGCCCACUUAAGAACAGGAUGAGUUCAAUGCUAAAUGCAUACAAACAAGGAAAAAACACUGCAAAUCUAUACAAGGCAAGUUUCAGCCUGGGUUUAAUACAGGAAGUUGUCUUAUCCCGGCUACUUCAGAGAGAAACUUUGCAACAACCAGGGCCACAUGGUGGAAACUAUCACUAGUACAAACCUCACAUGAAAUUGGGCUGAUCAAAUCAGGGGGUAUUAUGAAAUUGUGGUGUUACGUUGGCCGUUUACUGCUACAUUUUGUUUCUGCACUUUGUGUAUUUUGCAUGUUGUAUCUUGAGUGCUCUGUGAGCCGCCCUGAAUCCCUCUGGGAGAUGGUGGCAAGGUACAAAUAAAAUAUUAUUAUUAUUA